AUGACAAGGCAAGCCGCAAGACAAUACACCACGACAUCAGAUACCUCAUCUUCCACCGAACUCACCAGACUCUACCUUAGCUAUGGUCUGGAGCAGAGACAACCGGCCACCUUACCGUUGCCGUUGGCCGUGCCGCACCUGACACCUCCCGUUAUCCAUCAUUUCACCCGAAGCUACGUAUCCGUCCAUACAAAUAUAUACUUGGUACUUGGUGUACCAGGGUGGAGGGGUGUUGACGAAGGGGAAGGCAAGGCACGGUAUCCAAUUUCAACCUUCCCCUUCCCCAUAUUAAGACCUCGAGGAUCCCUUCGCAUUGACCUUGUCGUCUCUGCUGUUCUUUCUUCUUUCUCUAUUCUCCUCUUCUGUCCCAAGCUCACCCGGCACACUCUCGUCUCCUUCGACAAACCCUCAGAAACAGAGCUUCCUUCUGUCUCUUUCUCGUCCUCUCUUCUCUCCCACGUUCGUCCACCACCUCUUCUGGACCGGACCGCAUACCAGUCGCUCGACGAUCGAACCGACUACCGUCUCUUCCACCAUCGACCCAAUACCUGCCACUACAGCUGUCAGUCUUCGUGCCGAGACAUUACUGUCAAGAACGACUUUCGAACCAAAUUCCCCAACGCCCGAGCAAUUAGCAUUGGCGGGACCGCAACUUUUUCCAAAAAACCAAGCCCCGACUCAAUUGGUCAAUUAAGCUCCCCCACCAUGGCCGGCGUCACCGUGCUCGGCGAGCUCCCGUCCGCCUCCCUCUUCACCUUCCCGCCCGAUGGCGCGCAUAUGGCCAUUCCCCCACCUUUCCCCGGGUCCAUCGCCGCAGCCCCUCCGGUCCAAAUUCCCGACAAUAUCUUCACCGCCGCUCUUGACCCCAGAGUGCCCAUCACCAUUGCCACUCUCUACGCCGUCACCGUCAAGCUCCUGAACAAGUACAACAACUCGACCAACCGUAAGCCUUGGGGAAUCAGCAAGACCAAGCCCUUCUUCGCCUUUGUCGUCUUGCACAAUGUCUUCCUCGCCGUCUACUCGGCUUGGACCUUCUGGGGCAUGCUCGGCGGCAUGCGUAGGAGCGUUGUGAGCCCCUUUGGCCCCAAUGGUCUGGCUGCCACUGCCGACAGCUUCUGCCAGCUCAACGGCAACGGAGGCUUCGGUGCCGCCACCGUCUACAACGAGACUGUCGGUUACUGGUCCAGCUUGACCGGCAACAACGCUCUUGGCUUUGAUGGACGCCCCAGCCGCGAGGCCACUGGCAGAAUCUGGAAUGAGGGACUCGCCUUCUACGGCUGGAUCUUCUACCUGAGCAAGUUCUACGAGGUCCUUGACACCUUCAUCAUCCUCGCCAAGGGCAAGCUCAGCUCCACCCUCCAGACCUACCACCACGCCGGUGCCAUGAUGUGCAUGUGGGCUGGUAUGCGCUACAUGUCCGCCCCUAUCUGGAUGUUUGUCCUAGUCAACUCCUUCAUCCAUGCCAUGAUGUACACCUACUACACCAUCACCGCUUUCAACAUCCGCGUCCCCAUGGCCAUCAAGCGAACCCUCACCACUCUCCAGAUCACCCAGUUCCUUGUCGGAGCUACCUACGCCAUGGCCCACUCCUUCGUUUCGUACACCGUCCCCGUGACUGUCUACACUGCCAAGAAGGGUGCCGAUGCUAUCACCCAGUCUUCCACCAGCACCGCCGCCGAGACCGUUGCCACUGCCGCAACUGGCGCCUUUGAGGCUCUUAAGGACAUGGUCUUCGGCGCCUCUGCUAAGGUCGCUGAGGAGGCUGCCGCUGUCUCCGUCGCCGCCGCCGCUGCUGCCCCCCCUCAGCCCGGUUUUGUUGCUGAGACCAUCUUCGUCACCCAGCCCUGCGUUACCACCAGCGGCGAGACCUUUGCCAUCUGGCUCAACGUCCUGUACCUGGCACCGCUCACCUACCUGUUCGUCAUGUUCUUCAUCCGCAGCUACAUCCGCCGCAGCACCGCCGCACCCAAGGGUAAGGGCAAGGCCCGCCGUGAGAGCAAUGUUACUCUUGCGGAGAAGGCUGGCUGGGACGCCGCCCGCGAGGUCAACCGCGAAAUCUACAACGGCUCUGCCUCGUACAACGUCGAGGGCAGCCCCAAGCGCGCUGGUAACGGCAAGGCCAAGCACUAG